AUGCCGCGACCCAAGAAGAGGUCUGCUAUUGCCAAGAGGGUAAAUGCAGAGCGUAAAGCUAAAAAAGAGGCUGCACUGCUUCCUCUUAAAACAAGUCAAGCAGAGGUUCGGUCGCCGCCUCUGGAAGAAAAAGGCACAGGGGACAUUGCUUCCCCUUUAGCAAAGAACAUCGCACCCUCAAAUCCAGGGAAUGUGCAGAAAUUGCUUCUGAAAGGUUCCUUUCAUCAAGCCGAUGCCCGCUUUGGAAAUUCACGCAACAGACAAUGCGGUGCCAUAAGUUUGACAGCAGUGUUGAUGAGCAAGAUAAAGAACGUGCUGACCUGGAUGACACAAGAUCUCGAAGAUGUCUUGGUGGAAGCAACGCACCUUUAUGAAGCUUUGACACAUUACGAGUACGCAGAGUCUCUCACCAGAAUUGUUAACGUUAGCCAGUACGACAACGCCUUGAACGAUGUGGCCAUGCCACUUAAUUUUGCUCUACAGCAAGCUCAACUAAGUGCUGACGGUUGUCUUUUAACUAUUUGUGCCAACACGUGUGCCAUCAUUAAGGAGGCAGCGGGAGCUGCUUUCUCUGGAAUAUUUAAUGCUUUUAGUGACUUUGAGCAGUUCCAGUUCACCCGGAGCCAUGCACCAGAGCUAGGAAAAGCCACUCUUCACCCUAACUUGUACUUUAGCCAAGAUGAUGUACCGCUGUUGAGACAAAGGUCAACCACAAGUCAUAACCACGUUUUUAAAGUCAUCCGGGCAGCAGUGUUGACUAUGCUCUCCUCAAGGCCGCUUUACAUGCCUCCAGCAAAGCACAGCGAGUUCACAAACAAUUGGAAUGAGAUUUAUGGCAACAACCUCCCACCUCUGGCUCUCUACUGUUUGCUGUAUCCUGAAGACACUGCUACCUUACAAUUUCUGUUUAAGUUUAUGGACAGAAUGUCAGAAUAUCCAGACUGGAAAGUAACCAGUGAACCUAAUGAAGAAGUGCCGACAGCUCAUUCACUCAGCGGAUUUGCUACUGCUUUUGACUUCAUCUACUCGUUUCUGGAUGAACAACGCCGGGAGCUCUAUUUGAAGAGAAUACGUUCUGAAACCGAAGAACUCUACACGAUGUCAGAGUACAGGGGAUGGGGGAAACACUUUUUACAAAAUCAUCAAACCACCAAUAUUGUAGCUAUUUUGACGGGUGCAAUAGUUCUGGGUGCACAUGACACAAAGUCGAUGACUUGGAAACAGGUGUCUGUAAAUUACAUGGAAAAGACAAUGUUUUUGUUGAACCAUGUUGUUGAUGGCUCUUUGGACGAGGGAGUGGCAUUUGGUAGUUACACAGCAAAAUCUAUCACACAGUAUGUUUUUCUAGCCCAGCGCCACUUCAACAUAGACAACACAAAGAACAACUGGCUUCGAAAUCAUUUCUGGUUUUAUUAUGCCACUUUGCUGCCAGGCUUUCAGAGAACGGUUGGCAUAGGGGACUCAAACUACAACUGGUUCUAUGGACCAGAGAGCCAAUUAGUUUUUUUAGAUUCUUUUGUGAUUAAGAAUGGGUCAGGAAACUGGCUAGCACAGCAGAUAAGGAAGCAUAGACCCAAAGAUGGUCCUUUAGGUCAGUCCUUUGCCCAGCGCUGGGCAACCCUUCAUACAGAGUUUAUCUGGUAUAAUGCCGGACUUAUACCACAGCCCCCUGUUGGGAACAGUCAGGCUAAGAUGCACAUAUUCUCAGACUGGGGUGUGGUGACUUACGGGGCCGGUUUACCUAUGGUUCAAGGGAAUACCUUUGUCUCGUUUAAAUCUGGAAAGCUGGGUGGUCGGGCAGUAUUUGACAUCGUCCAUACCAAAGCUUACUCGUGGGUGGAUGGCUGGAAUAGCUUUAACCCUGGUCAUGAGCAUCCGGACCAAAACUCAUUUACUUUUGCUCCUAAUGGACAAGUAUUUGUUUCUGAGGCUUUAUAUGGCCCCAAAUAAAGCUACUUAAACAACGUGUUGGUGUUCAGCCCCUCUCCAACAAGCCAAUGUAAUGCUCCUUGGGAAGGGCAGCUUGGGGAGUGUGCUAAGUGGCUGCGAUGGACUGACAAAGGUGUCGGAGACUGUGCAGGAGAGGUAAUCACUGCCUCCGCACACAGAGACACUAUGUUUGUGAGUGGGGAGGCGGUAGCGGCAUAUUCCACAGCUAUGAAAUUAAGGAGUGUGUACCGAGCACUGGUUCUUCUGAACUCACAGACUCUUCUGGUAGUCGACCAUGUUGAGAAAAGGGAGGACUCACCAGUGAACAUUGUCAGUGCAUUUUUUCACAACCUGGACAUUGACUUUAAAUAUGUCCCCCAUAGGUUUAAAGACAUAUAUAAUGGGGCAUUGAUGGAUGUCUGGGAUGCUCACUACAAAAUGUUUUGGUUCGAUGAUCAGGGCUACAGCCCCAAUACACAGAUACAGGAGGUAGAGCAGGCGGCGGAGUUCAAAAAGAGAUGGACACAGUUUAUCAACGUCACCUUUCCUUUCACAGGUUCAGUUGUUAGAAUGGCUUAUGUAAUGCAUGGGCCUUACAUUAAGGUUUCCAACUGCAGGGUCAUUGAAAACAGUAAGAAUGGAAUCAAACUUUCCAUCAUCAUAAACAAUACUGAGAAAAUAGUCUCUAUAGUAACCAAUCACAAAGACAUUGGGGCCCGUUCAGGCUAUCUGGGAUUUGGGGGCUAUGCUAAGAUCGAAGACCAACAUCACACUAUCCGUUUUGGCUUGGGGGCGCAUCUUGUCAAAAAACAGACAACGCUACACAAUCAUCUGUUUGACUAAGGAUUUAUGGUAAAUGUUUUAGCCGGGGUAAUACUGUUUGUGGCCAUUGUAAUUCUGACCCUGCAGCGCAAAAUGUAUGUUUGCUUUAGUAGACUGUUGCGCUACGCUCUGCUCUCUGUGUUGCUGCUGUGGACCAGCGAGCUGCUGUUUGUGUCAAACAGCUGUGACCAGCUCCUGUGUCGGGUGAAGUGGCGAGGAUCCACCACUGACCCUAAACUCGGCAAGCAAAUGAACCUCCUUCUACCCACCGUAGUGAUAACAACCCUACCUGGCUCUGGAUCAGACAUACUGAAGCAGCUUUUUUACAACAAUACAGACUUUGUCUACUUAAGCAUUCCUACAGAACACUUGGAUAUACCAGAAACAGAGUUUGAAUUUGACUCUUUAGUAGAUGCUUGUGAAUGGACUCGGUCAGAAGCCGAGCA